UCUCAAUUGGUAAGCAAGUCUAAAAUCAUUUAGAAAGAGAGUUAUAUUAUCUUCUUGCUAGCCCAACAAAAUCCUAUAUAAUGGGUGUCAAUUGCCGCACGAAUAUACAAUUAUUCUACAAUACAAAACUUAUCUCAUUUAUCAACCAUCUCCUUAAAAACAAUAAAUAAAUAAAAAAAUAUAUCAACCAUCUCAAGUUCUCAACUACGUACCUAUUUUGUACGCAAUGAACAACCUUUCAAUUUUCAUCAUCUUUUGUGUCUUAGCCUCCCUGUCACAUGCCAUAGAGCUCGACUUUUGUGUUGGUGACCCUAGCCUUCCUAGAGGGCCUCAAGGAUAUGCUUGUAAGGAUCCUGAUAAAGUCACAACUGAUGAUUUUGUUUUCACAGGUUUUCGUGGUGAAAAAACUCCCAAUAAUGUUUUCGGAAACAAUGUGACGUCAGUAUUUUCAGAUAAGUUCCCAGCCUUUAAUGGUUUAGGCAUAUCUAUGGCUAGGUUAGACUUUGGCGUAGGAGGAGUGAUCCCAAUACAUUCCCAUCGUACCUCUGAAGUUCUUAUUUUGGUAAAAGGUUCAAUUAUUGCAGGAUUUAUUGAUACAAACAAUACUGCUUACUACAAAAUAUUAGAGGUUGGUGAUGUAAUGGUGUUUCCACAAGCCAUGCUUCACUUCCAAAUCAACGUUGGCAAAACUCCGGCUACUGCCUUUGUUAGUUUGAAUGGUGCUAACCCAGCAAUACAACUCACUCCUACCACUUUAUUUGCUGGGAAUUUACCUGCUGAUAUUGCCCAAAAAAUCACACUCUUAAGUCAUAAGGAAGUUAUACGGAUGAAGCGAAUUUUUGGCACAGCUUAAUUUCCAUCUAUCUUAAGCUAAUCCUAUAUUCUAAGCUCCGAAUUGAUUUCAAUGUCCAAUAUAAUUAUUUUUAAGUUUAAUGUGAUAAUAAAAAAAGGGUAUAUAUGGCCCUUGAUGUAUUGCUUGUAGCAUA